AUGCACGGGGAUGCCGCGGGCGGUGCAGCUGGGACAUCGACGGGUACUGUCGACAUGCUGGCGGAGGAACGGAGCAGUCUGCAACUCAUUCUGGGCACAGUGCACGCCACACUCGACUACCACUGCCGCGCUGCAAGGAAUCCUGGAAAUAGCAGCAACAGUCACGGGUCAUUCUGUAGUAGUAGUGGUGGUAGGAGCGACAUUGCCUCAGAAGCGGAGGUGGUUGAACUGCUCGGCAUGUUGCCAAAAAUUCUCUGCAGUGCCGUCGACCCCGCCACACUCCAAGUGAAGGAGCGGCAGCGGCAGUACAUGACCGUUGCCGGCGUUGCACGCCCCCCUCCGUUGUCCUGGCAUACCACCCUGUAUCGUCUUUUGUUUACCCCUCUCUUAUUCUCCUCAUCAUCACCGUCGUCGUUGUCGUCGUCAUCAUCGUCCAAAUGUGGUGGAGACUGUGCUGUGCUUGAAUGCCUUGCGCGCGUGCUUAUGAGUGGGGGUGACGCGAGCCGCAUGGAACCCCUCGACGUGCUGCCAGGGGACCCUCCAGAGGAGUUCGCCACCGCUACUAGACAAAAUAUGUGGUUUGCAGGAACCGUUACACUUGCGGCGCUUCGCUCACUUGGCGACAUUGUUCAGCUGUGUCUCCACGAUGCCGCUGAGGAGAGGCGUGUUGGCGGGAAACUCUCUACGGCACUCCCUUACAACCGUACGACAUCCCCAAGCGGCGAAAAGGCAGUCGCGACUCAAAACGUUCUGCGAGAUGCGCUUGGGCAUGCCUUGUGUCAAACCGGCCUCUUUUGCCAUCUCUGGCACACCUUGUUGUUUCAACCCGUCGUACACACCCAGCGGGUGGUGACGGCGCGGGUACUUUGCGACGUAAGUCGCGCGGGUCUUCUACAGCUGUCUGCUGCCAUCGCGCGAAUGCGGCACAUGAUGGACCCCGCUGUCUGGGGUCGAAGGGUGGCCGAAUGCAUUCUUUCCGAUCCCAACGCAUCAGUAAGGGAAUCUCUGGCCGCGGCGCUGUACGCAGGUCUACAGUCCUCAUUGCUGGACAGUGACCUUCACGCUGGGCACAGUGAUGGGUGCGUCUACUGGUGGCGGUGGUUGACAAGUCCCUCGCUACGAUGUCUGCUUGGCGUUGUGGCAACAGGGGACUCCUUUGCCGUGCUGCAGCCAGUGCUGGGUUCACUGAUUUUGGUGCUGGAACACGAGCAGUGGAAGGAUGCGACACGGCAGUGUCCACCCACCAGGUCUGCGACGGAGCGCGUUGAUGCGGUAUCGGUGGCAGAAGUGUGUGCCACCGUGUUGGUGCAUCUUUUUACGGGUCCGACAGCCGUGAAUGCUCGGAGUUGGGACGACGAUUGCGGUGAGCAGUUGCGGCGGUAUCGCCUUCUUGUUCGAGGCUCGGUGCGGCUACUUCGCCUCGCGUUGAGAAGCGUUGAUCGACUGCUGGGGGGCGCUGGCGUAAUGCAGCAGCCGAACGGGGGUGACGACGCCGAGCGCAAGGCCUCGGUGCUGUUGACUACAUGUGUGGAGAAACAGUUGCUGUUCGCCGUGAUGGCGUGCCUGGAGACGCCGCCGGAGGGCUCUUGCGCACGUACGUUUGUGACAUCAUCUAUGCGGGCGGAGAUGGUGCGGCUCGUACGUGACGUGCUUGAGCGAGCCUCCUCGCCACUGUUUUUCUUGACGUGCAAGCUAGUUGCGUACCUGCCAACGAUGCUGCAGGUAAUUUUAGAUGCGACAAAACACAUCGUCAUUGUCGACAGCAGCCGCGGCGGUUGCAAUGACAAUGACGACAGCGACGGGCUUCCGCCAUGCCGGUCGCACGAGGACGUGUUGUGCAGCGCUGGGGUCGAAACAAUCUCUCUGCUUGGCGUGAUGCUGUGGUAUGCGCCGUUGGUGCGUGAGUGCUUUCUGGACGUGCUUGCCUCUCUGCACUGCACGGCAGAGCAGCAGGAGGUGCUCUUUGAUGCCAUGGAAGCGCUUGCCCAGUCUAUGCCGUCGCAGGCAGUGCAGGACCUUCUCAUUGUGGACGUGACGGGCACCAUAAUGAAUGAAGUGAAUCAACAGCAUCGAGAGGGACACCCGCCGCAGCUUGACGCGCUUGAGCGCUUGCUAGUGCGGCAGGAGCAACAGCAACGACGGCGGCGGCAGCGGGGAAUGGAGAACCGUGGGUGGGUGGCAGGCCACUUCACACCCGAAUGUCGCUGGGUUUCUGUGCAACAGCAGCGGCAGAAACUUGGACCGCAACACGGUCAUGUGUGCCGUGUAUUUGUGUGGUUCAUUUUGCAUCACCUUCGCAACAGCAGCAGGAAGCUGUUAGCGGCUGACGGCGCUGAGGAGGAGGGGGCGGCCGGCAGUGUGUCAGUAUCCCCAAUUCAAUCCAGCACCGGCAACAGUAUGGUGGGGCAUCAUGUGGGUAGGUUCAUUAACGACCUGCAGAAGAGUUCUCGCCGUGAAGGCGAUUUCAUUCUUUUGGGGCCGCGCUACACUCCGGCUGUGGAGAGGCAGGAGCUGCAGUAUGCCGGGGAAGAAAAAGGGGAAGAGGCUGAGGAGGGGAUUGCUUCCCACAACGGUGUAAGUGACACGUUAUGGCUGCAACGCGUGUCUGACGGUCAUUCCGUAGACAUCUCGCGGCAACAACCACCACAGGCAAUGGAAGAGCCGGGGCGCAUGUCUCCUGCGGUGGUAGGCAGAAAUCCGAUGGACCCGUUAGAGCGCGUACGACAGCGGCAACUACAAAGUAUCGCUGCGGAAGAAACGGCGUACCGUGCAGCCCUUAGCCUGUUUGCAUCUCUGGCGUCACGGUACUACCGGCACUUCCUAACCCCGCGGGUAGCUCUGGAAUACUUGCAUCGCCUGCAGCACGGGGGAGCGCCCCGGCGGCAACGGAUAACUUCUCCGACAUUCACACAUUUCUCCGGGAGGAGAAGUGUGAACAACAGCAACAAUGCAUUGCGUCUCUGGACGGAUCGCGAUGCCCGUCGGGAAGAUUUCUUUUACUUUUCCCUUCUUUGCAGUGAAAUAACUGAGCAGGCAAUAGCUGAGCUCGUGGAGCGGUGCAAACGGCAUCGACAGGCGCUACACAGGACCUUACGAACCGUGCCGCAGGCCUCGCGUGGACGUCGUUGGUUCCUUCAGGAUGCAGCUACAAAUAUCAUGGACCGCCUCAUUGCGCUUUUUCAGAUUCUUUUGCAACACAUCCAUUCUGAAGGAGAACAGGCAGUACAGCAAGCGCUCGCUCAGAUGCCACCACCUUCUGAACAUGAAGACGGUGAUGGAGAUUUCAUGACAAACGUGACUCGGAGAUGUGAUUUCAGUGACGACACACUGUGGAGGUUGCAUGGCGGCACGCUUAUCGAGGUGACGGAAUUUCUUGGGCGGUGCUUUUCACGUCCUGCGAAGCAGGGCAAUGAAAACGCAACGACAUUCUCAUAA